UGUUCUGUGCGACGAGAGAAAACACACAAACACAAGCGUCAAGUUAUGAUUGUGGCAAUACAGCCUACUUAGACUACCUUUACGCAUUGAAUAGUUCCCCCCUACAGCGAAGCAGAGGAAUUUCUGGGUGCAGAUAAGACCACUCCUCUCUCUGCAUACGGUUUUCUCUCGUCUCUCUACAGUUGGAGCUUGGUGAUGAGGAAGGGGGAGGGUGGUCUUGCAGUCGACGAGAGGAACAAGAGUUUAUUGAGGAGUAGCUGCAACGGGAGGGAAAAACCUAUGCACGUGAGCCCUGCGGAGGAGAAAAAGGAAGGCUCAAGCAUGAACAAAUGACCGCUCUCUACCGAGAGACCGCCGCUUGAAUUGUUUAACUUGUUGAUGCACCGUAAUUUUCCUCUACCGUCUGGCUGCAGUGACAAAUAGAUGGGAGGCGGAAUCGCAAGGGUUCUCCUCCGAGGAUAGGUCUUUUAUUGAACUCUCUGUGGAUGCAGUUUAAUGAGCAACCUUCUCUAAGAUGCAAUUUAUCUCUGAGCCUUAGCACUGUGACAGCCGGAGAAGGGUCUUAUUGAACACUACAGGUCAGCAUGGCAGCAGGUGUAGCGGCAUGGCUUCCUUUCGCCCGAGCGGCAGCCAUAGGAUGGAUGCCCGUGGCGAGCACCCCGAUGCCCAUCCCUCCACAAGACAAGAGGAAAGCCCAGGACGGACUCAUCAUCCUCAACGUGAGUGGGACCAAGUUUCAGACGUGGCGAACCACUUUGGAGAGGUACCCGGACACUUUGUUGGGCAGCACAGAGAGAGACUUCUUUUUCCACGAGGAAACAAGUGAAUACUUUUUCGACCGCGACCCUGACAUCUUCAGACACAUCCUGAAUUUUUACCGCACGGGGAAACUACAUUAUCCGCGCCAAGAAUGCAUAUCUGCGUACGACGAGGAGCUCGCUUUCUUUGGCAUAAUCCCCGAGAUUAUUGGGGACUGCUGCUAUGAGGAGUACAAAGACAGGAGGCGCGAAAAUGCGGAGAGGCUUCAGGAUGACGAGGAAAUGGACAUGAACAAUGACGUCACGCCGGUAAACCUGACGUAUCGGGAGUUCCUGUGGCGGGCUUUUGAAAACCCUCACACCAGCACCUUAGCUCUGGUCUUCUACUAUGUCACAGGAUUCUUCAUUGCCAUAUCAGUGAUGGCCAACGUGGUGGAGACAGUUCCCUGUGGCACUUUGCCCAACAGGUCAAAGGAGGUUUCCUGUGGAGACCGUUACGCACUGGCCUUCUUUUGUUUAGACACUGCGUGCGUCAUGAUAUUCACUGUUGAGUAUCUCCUCCGUUUGAUCGCAGCGCCCAGCCGGUACAAGUUUAUGAAAAGUGUGAUGAGCGUCAUUGAUGUAGUCGCCAUCAUGCCUUACUACAUUGGCCUGGUCAUGACUGACAAUGACCAGGUGAGCGGAGCUUUCGUCACACUGAGAGUCUUCCGUGUGUUUCGGAUUUUCAAGUUCUCCCGGCACUCCGCUGGGCUGCGCAUCCUGGGCUACACCUUGAAGAGCUGCGCCUCCGAGCUGGGCUUCCUUCUAUUUUCGCUCACUAUGGCCAUCAUUAUUUUUGCCACGGUCAUGUUUUAUGCAGAGAAAGGCUCCCCAUCAAGCAAGUUCACCAGUAUCCCCGCAGCGUUUUGGUACACCAUUGUCACCAUGACAACACUGGGGUAUGGAGACAUGGUGCCAAAAACAAUUGUGGGGAAGGUGUUUGGGUCCAUAUGCUCUCUGAGUGGGGUGCUGGUUAUUGCCUUGCCUGUCCCUGUCAUAGUGUCAAACUUCAGCCGUAUCUACCACCAAAGCCAGCGGGCAGAGAAACGACGAGCCCAGAGGAAAACUCGCCUUGCUAGAAUCCGUGCUGCGAAGAUUCGAGGCACUAAUGCCUAUAUGCGCUACAAACAAAACGGGCUCCUGAUCGACUCACUGGAGGAGGCCUCCAAGGAAGCAGGACAAGCCCUGGUGGGGAAGGCCCCCAGCCCUCCUUUUGAGAGCCAACAUCAUCAUCUUUUGCAUUGCUUGGAGAAAACCACGAAUCAUGAGUUUGUGGAUGAGCAGACGUUUCAGGCCAACUGCAUGGAGAUCUCUGUGGUGAACAAGUCGGGCUCCCGCACGUCCUCCUUGUCCUCGUCUCCACAUGGCUUCAGCUCAUGUUGCUCUCGACGCCACAGGAAAAAGAGCAGCUUCAGCCUGCCCAGCACAAAUAACCAGGAGCUCAGCACCAUACAGAUAAGAGAGAGGCCAGUGGCCAACAGCCGCUCCAGCCUGAAUGCCAAACUCGAUGAAACUGUACCCUUGAAAUGUGAUGAACCUUACAUCACCCCCUCCAUGGUCAGUCUAUCUGCCCCGGUGGUGACCUCAUCAGGCGAGGACGGCUCCACCACCAUUACGUACUCUCAGAGCAACAUUGUCCGAGUAUCUGCCUUGUAGAUGUCAUGUCUAUCUGAUCUGAUCAGCUAACUGGUCACAAGAAGCACCAGAUGCUGAGGAGAGGGACCACCGAGCAUCAACCUGCCAUAAUCUUGAGGGAUUAUAAGAUUACCAGAGGUUGGGGUUUUUUUUUUGAAGUAGUGAUCUCAUCUGAUGUCAAACUCUGCAUGGUAUUAAAGUGAUGUGGACAGCUGCCUUGGAAGCAGAAGUGAACCAGCAGAUUUUGUGUCAUUAAGCACAGCAAAGCAAGGACAUGUUGGGAAUGCAAGGUUGUCGUUGUUGCCUAAAUAUGUUGGGAAAAAAAAACUUUAUUUUUGAAUCUGUAAUGUAGUUGUAUUUGUUGUCUCUGAUUCAAAGGAGGAAAGAUUGUUUGAAGUCAUUCUCAAUGACCUCUGGUGAUAAAGCACACAUAUUCAUGACCUGUAGGCCAUCUUUGUGAAUAUUAAAUCAAUCUGUUUGACUUUCAUCUCACUCGUCACACAUUUCCAUGGAUUGUUUUGAAACCUCUCAAUUUAAAUACUUUCUCAACUUCCCCUCACUAUUGUAAAUUAGAAAACUUUGAUCCACUGCAACAGAUAACUGCUGUGAAUAUUCAUUGACUGACUCAUUAACUGGUCGAUGUCAUCGCUUGAGGAGUAAAAUAUACUUUGCAUCCUGACAUGUUUGUGAAAUGUGCAAGUGAAAGUCACAUGACUAAAUCUGUGUUAGCUUACAUAUCUGGUAUUCUGGGUCUGUGUGAAAGCCACUGUUGCUAAAUAACAAUUGAUAUUGAGAACUAAACAGGGUAUAUAUUAGCUAGGGCACAAGGUAGAAAUGUAAGUGAAUGUUCUCAGUAACAUUUAACUAAUACUAACCCUAAUGUGGACACUUACUGUAGUAUUGACCAGGGAAACUUUCUGAAAAAGUGUGCAACAUAAAUUCCAUGACUUCCUCAUAAAAAGCAAGACUUGGUAGAGUUCAUUGUGUUAAAAGCUCAUUUUGUAUAUUUUUCAUACUGUAAAUAUCUCAGUUAGGACUUUAUCAAAUGCAUUUGAAGUUGGCUCCUCUUCUUUCUAGAUUUAGUUGAACAGUUUGUUGGCAAACUAUUUCUGUCUGUUAACUGGUUGAAUUAAGGAUUUGCAUGCUGGCAUUGCCGAAUUCUGUUUUAUUAAAGUAUGUCUCUGCUUCUUGUUGGAGGUUUGUCAGUUUAAAAAAGAAAAAAAAAAAAAAAACAGAUUAAUGGAGGUAAACACAAUAAGGCUGGUGUGUUCUGAUGUAAAUUCUGCAACACUUUGCUUUUAAUAAAAUAUAAAUUUUGUCAAGGACUGCAUAUAUAAGGGUAAGGAAAAGGGUACGAUAAUCACACAUUGUGCAUUUGGUGCACUGGAUAAAAUAAACAGUGUAGCUCUACUGAAGCAACCAUGAAA